AUAUGUCAUCAAGGGCUGUUUAAGAUACAGAAAAACGCGACAGAUUAGAACAUAACAGAAAGUUUGAAUGGCUGUAUGUGAAUGAACAAGAGUUCUCCCCAAGCCAUGUCCACUAUGUUGGGGUAGAAAAAAAAACAAAGAAACAAAUAUGGCGUAGUGUUGUACGUCAACUACGUCAAGUUAUAAAAUGUAUUUUAGUAUUUUUCUUAAAUAAAAAUGUAUGAAUCAAUUAAAUUAGUGUUCCUUAAUUUUAUUUUCCUUUUAGUGACAGUGCAAAUAUGCCGCAGCGAACCGGCACAGCACCUGUCCCUCCACAGCCCGGAGCCCUUGAUGUCCGAGGCGGAGUAUCUCGAGGUCCUCAUCAGGAGAGCCGGCGACAACCUAACACUGGUCUGCGAGAUCAAAGGAGACCGGCAACCGAGGUUGUACGUGUGGAACUAUGUGGCUGCCAAUGGGAGUUCUAGUCACAGACGUUUCGCCAUCGAGCCCUCCGGUCCGACGGCCUCCAGCUCACUGCUGCUGCCGGACCUGCAGCUGGAAGACAGCGGGCGGUAUCUCUGCUCUUCGCCACCCUUCAGCGUCACCAAGUUUGUGCUGGUGCAGCCGGCGGAAGGGAGCAUAAAUUGCGCGCGCGGUGCGUUUUCAUGUGGCGAUCGCUGCGUGUUACCGACGUACGUGUGCGAUGGACACCCCGACUGUAGACACGGGGAAGAUGAAGCCCCGCCGCUCUGCCCGCCGUCGGUGUGCCAGCAGUCCGGCAUGCUGAAUUGCUCAACAGGGCGCUGUAUAUCAGCAGCGGCGUGCUGCCCCACUCCCAACGCGGGUCCGCUGUGCCUGCAGCAUAGUUGCUGCUCCGAACACGACCCGUACCGGACUGAAGGGUUCGUGGAGGUGGAUUUCCCGGCGUCGUUCGAGGACAAGCACGCGCCCGACCAGUACGGGUUCAUACAAUCCACCAUUUACACCGUCACAGCUUGCGCCCUAAUCUUUAUGAUAGCGGCGGUGCUGCUGGUAUCAGCCAUUUGCAAGAUGCACAUGAAGCGCGCAGCACUGCGGAGCUACGCUCGGGCAGCCGCGCAACGGAACUAUAUGACACACCCGCCACCGCGCUACCCGCCGUGCUACGAGGCGUCGCGGCUGCUGGAGCAGGCCGCCGGCGCGCCGCCGCUGGACAUGCCCGCCGUCACCGACAUGCAAACCACGCCGGACCCGGUGACGGACGAUAAUCCGGACAACGCCGGAUUCGGACUCUCUCGGCUCUCGUCUAUAUUCUCCUCGAGAUACAGACAGGUGCCGACGCGCUGCGACGUGGAGAUGACGCCGGUGCGGCCGUCCUCGCUGCACAGCUCGCCGGCGCGGCGCCUGCGCGACUACCGCAGCCCCGCCUACGACGACAUCCACCAGGAGUACUUCCUCGACGCGGAGACGGGUAACUGCGGGCGCGAACUCAACUACAUGUCGCCAGUAGAGAUGUACCGUAGCCGGCUCGACUUAGACCGCCGUCUCACCCUCCAACUAGGGCGGUUCCAGCUGUCUCUGCCGCGCUUCGGGCGCGAGCGGCCCGGCACGCCCAACGUGGCCGAGAUCAACAUCCACGACCUGGACUUCGUGCAGCACUCGGCCGACACUUACACUCUCAACGGACGCACUAUCAGACUGCUGGGCGCGAACUUCUCGACGUGCCCUCGUCCGCCGCCGUACACGUGGCGCAAGGCGGGCGGCCCGCCGCCGGACUACGUGCCCGGGACCGGCGGGACCGGGGGGACCGGUGGGACCGGCGGGACCGGUGGGACCGGCGGGACCGACGCCGCCGCCGACGCCGACGCCGACAACAACACCGAGAUGCCGCCCAGGUACGAAGACGUGAAUAGCAACGAGGAACACAUAGAAAGAGUGACCGUGUCCCUCAACGCCAUCCGCGAGAGCGGCGAGAGCCUCAACUCCACCGACAACGCCGACAACGACAACAUGAACUCCAUCGCGUACAUGCUCGCCACCGACAACAUACCCGCCAUCGACGACGUCAACGCCAACGAGAUUGUCAGUGAUUAGUUUAGUCGGUGGAUUUUUGUCGGUGAAAGUUUGAAGCUAUCACCACCGGCAACAUACUCGUCAUCGACGAUGUCAGCGCCAACGACAUUGUCGACAGUUGGUUUAGUCGGUGGAUUUUUGUCGGUGUAAAUUUGUAGCAUUAAUAGCUACUGACAACAACGCGCUUUCAACGACGACAAUAGUUUGUCGGUGUUUAAUGUUAUUAUGAAAGUUUGUAGUAUUGAUUUUGUGAAAGACUGUUUUUGGUUGAUUUCGUCUAGUUAGUCGGUGAUCGUAUGGUUCACUUUUUUUUAGUCAAUGAAAAGAGCAGAUUUUUCUAAAUUCGUUUUAGCAUGACACAAUUUGCCUGCCGCCUUUUCAGAAAUAUACAAGUUACAAUUUUUACGUCAAAAAUUUUAGACCUAUGAAAUUGUAAUUGUAGUUGAUACGUAAAAAAAAUAAAGAAUCUUCGUGUUUGUAGAUGUGGAAUAUAAUUCUGUCGACGACAAAACUAUUUGUCGGUGCCGACAAAUCACCGACUAAAGUAUUUUUCAAAUUUUAUUCUUGCACUUCAAAUCUUGCCUCUCCUAAAUGUGUUGUACAUAGCAUAGUGCCUUAGUAACACAAUAAACACAAAGUAUAUUUACGAAGUAUAAUGUAAAUAAAAUUAAUUAUAAAUUCUAACGCAACUCUGGAGAAUAGACAAUAACGUUCCGGUUGAAAAAAGUUUUGUUUACGGUUUAUGAAUACCGAUUAUUAUCCCUUAGUUAUAGUCUGAAUCUUCUCAAAUGAUUUUUUCGCCAAAGACCGUAUUAUGUUAAACCAUAGAGUAACUUAUACUAGAGCGGUACUGUCAUAGUAAAUUUUGUAAACCCAGUAAAUUCACUGCCAUCUGUCGACACACUUUAAGACUAAAAAUAAAUAUUUAUAAAAAUACGAUAAAAUGUAUUUAAGUAUGGAUAAAUGAUUUUUUUAUUUGCAUUAAUUAUUUUUAUAUGAUUUUGACCCAUGUUCUUUCACUGGUAUGCGUUAAAAUUAUAAAUAACAAACGAAACAGUCAACGCCCUCUAUACGAGUGUAGGCCAAAACUAGUGGCGCCAUCUGAUCGAGAAUCAAAUUUUCGUGAUUUUCAAGGCACGUUUUUUCCUUAAGACUGUAUCUAUCUAUUACGGAGUUAUAUCUAUCUUUGGUUAAACAAAAGCCAUUGUUAGUUUUGUGUGUGCGCGUGCCCAUUGUGUACCGUUGAGUCUGAGCGCGUGCUACGGCGCGUGCCAUUGUCAGACAAUGGUACACAAUGGGCGACCGCUCACACAAAAGGAACAAUGGCUUUGUUGUCAGAUUACUGUCUUAGGCGAAAAAGUCAUUUAAGAAGAUACUUGUUUAUCCAAAUCCCACUUUAUGCCUUAGCUUUGCCCAUAAUCACUUAUCUGUAGGAAAGUUUUAUAUUGCCAUUUGAUUUAAAUUGCCAUCUUUUUAUAUAACUUGC